GUUGAUAGGAUUAGAGUCAGUCAGUUGUGUUUUAACCGCCUACAUCGAAUCGAUCAAAGUUCGUUAAAUAAUUUUUAGUGAAUAAUGGAAAAAUCGUGCGUGUCGAAUGUGAUCUCCAAUUUAUUCGUUCACAAAAUCAAUAUUUUCGGCGAAGGAAGCACGUAUUACGGAUUUGAAUCAAAAAUCUGCAGUAAGAAUGAAAAUCUAAAACUUCAGGAUGGUUUCAACUCGACCCUACUCUAUGGAAAAAUCCUGUAUAAAAAUAAAGACGGACUUAUUUCAAAAUCGAAUCCGGUAAUGAUUAAACUUACACCAAAAGUAGCCCUCAGCAAAUGGACUUUGUCUUAUUUCAUGAACGAGAUGAUUUUCUAUACAAAAAUUCUACCGGUUUUGACUACUCGUGAAAUUUCUUUGUAUCCUUUAUUUGCAAAAUAUCACCACGGUGAAAUAAUAUUCGACGUCGAUCAAGAUCACUCGGCCUUAAUUCUGGAAGAUCUAACUGCCCGAGGAUACAGAAUGGCUGAAAAGAAAUCGUUCCUAGAUUAUCAGCAUUUAGCUUUGAUGAUGCGUAAGCUGGGUCAAUUUCACGCUCAUUCUUAUAAAGCUAGAAACACGAUGCCGGAUUUAUUUCACCCUUUGGUUAGUAAUUAUUGCCAUGAAACGAACUUCGUCGUGAAUGGAGAAUUGCCUGGUUUUUUGGCCAAAGUUUGUCAACGAGGAUUGCAACAUUUGAAACGAGAUCCUGAUCCAGUUUAUUCUGAUUUUAUUACCAAGAUCGAUGAAAUGAUUCAAGACAGCGAGAAUAUUUCCAAGAGGAUUUUAACCGGAGGAGGUAAUAAUCCUGUAUCGGUAAUUGUCCACGGAGAUUACUUGAGAAAUAACGUUAUGUUCAAGUAUGAAAAUAAUGUUGUCGAUGAUUUAGUUAUGGUAGAUAUGGCUACGUGUCGUUAUGGAUCUCCUGUAAUUGAUUUACUUAACGUGAUGUACUUGCAUGCUAAUCAAAAAAUGAGAAAUGAACAUUGGAACGAUCUAAUUAACGAAUAUUAUACAGCUUUGAGGGAAACGUUUCCAGAAAAUCGUAUCCCUAGCAAGGAUGAAAUAUUCAGGGAAUUUGUUGAUAAAUCAUUCAAUGGGUAUUUGAUUGCAUCGUGCUUUUUGCCUCAUCUUAUUGCUGACGAUAACGAUAAUACGUGUUGUAAGAAUUUCGACGAAUGUCUUCAAACUCAAAAUGAAAGUUUUACUGAUGUUGUAGAUGAUGGAGCGUCUACUGUGGCAGAUAGGAUAGCCAAAUUAGCGCUCGUCGCAGGUGGUAAUGAGGCAGAUGAAGCUUUGAGGGAUGUUCUUCGAGAUUUAAUUGAUAGGGGCUUCAUUUGUAAAUGAAUGUAACCUUUUUUUGUUUAUUAUUAUGCCCAGUGUAAUAAACUGUUGAAUAUUUCUUGCUAUAAAAUUUUGAAAUUGUU